GUCAUAUUACGAAGUCCAAUCGAACACAUCUAAACAAAUAUGGCUGCCAGCGAAGUAGAAAAACAAGUUCCAGAGGAGGAUAACUUAAAGCUCAUAAAACAAGAAGCUGAAAAUGGAUCCCAAGAACAUCAGGCGAAACUUGGUCAGCACUAUCUCAAACUGGCUGAUUCAAACAUCAACCGAGAUGAAAAUUUGAAGUUAGCCUUGAAUUGGUUGGUUAAAUCUUCAAAACAAGGAAACGAAGAAGCAACCAACUGUUUGAAAAAAUGUGUGGAAAAUGAAACUGGUAUAGAUGAAACAAAUGGCCCAGACAUAAAAUGGUGCCUUAACACGUCAACUUUAGAAAAACAGAUCCGCCAUGCUUCGGCUCGUCUGUUUCAAAAUCUCAACUCGACUCACAAGAAGGCGAUUAGUCGGGAUGAAUAUUUUGAAGCCAUUAAAAGUCUACCUGGUCAAAGACAACAGAAAUUAUUGAUGGCUGCCGGUCGUAAAAUUGGACAAGAAAUAACUGAGAAUGAUUUUGUGAAAACUUUAUCAAAGAAAAUUCAAGGUACUCUCACUCUUACAUCUGAUGAAGAAGAGGGUACGACAGAAGCCUAUAAAUCAGCUACUACACUUCAAAAGUUUGUAAAGUUCCCAAGGCAGACAGCAGGUGUGAUGAUGGAUCAUGUUCUAGAAUAUUCAUCUAAAGAAGGAAUGAAUUGGGUUGUCUCCCUUAUUCCCACCAAUCAAAUUUAUUUACUUGCUCUGUUAUUUGUAUAUAGUUAUAUCACACCCAAAUUUCUCUUCUUUUUUAUUCCCUUAUUUAUCUUUUAUUUAUCUUUCGCUUCUCUCACGAUCUCCUCCAUGCAAAUGUUCUAUAAACGUAAAAAGCAGUCUGAUGCCGCAAAUCUUGCUGGCUUGUUGAAAGAAUACGACAUGUCUAUUGACAUAGAGAAAACUGAAUCACAAUACUCAUGGAAUUCUCUCACACCAUAUUUGGUAUUUUUUUCCAAUCUGCCAGUAGCCAUAGCAAGUUUUUCAUUGGCUAAUAAAGAUUAUAUACCAGUAUCCGAGUUAUGUGUUAUUGCACUUUUCUUUGCUGUCUUCUGCUUUAUUGGACUUGGUGACAGCCAUGACAAGAUAACCUUUUUAACCCUAGGUGCAAAUUUACUGGCGUCGUUGCCCGUUUUCUUGCAAAAUUUUCCCGAAAUUCCGGUCAUCAAGUGGUUUGUGAUGUUGAUAAGUCAACCGUUUUAUCAAAUUGACUUUGGUUUCGGUUUCUUUGGUAAUAUCAGUCUUCCAUCAGUUGCAUUUUUGCUGAUACCUAUUUUCUUUAUACGAAUGGCUAUGGCUAAAUCAUGGCAGGGUACGUAUCGCAUUCUGGUUCCACAUUUAGUCUGCUACUUCUGGUGGAACAUAACAACCUCUUUCUUUCCCUACACAUCCUUUACUGGGUUGCUAAGGGCAACAAUAGGAUAUAUCUUAAUGCCAAUUUUGUUACCAAUGGGUCUAUUAAUAUUCUUAGUUAUGACAGUUUUUGCAAUUUACAAACUGUGUCAGACUGCACUUUUCGGUAAAAUUCUUGUCACAGCCGCUUUGUUGAUGAUUCCUAUAGCUUUGACUCAGACGAAGGCAAUGUUUGGGAAAUCUGCUGAUAAGAAAUAUGCUACAAUUAAAAAAGUUCUAAUGGUAUCUUUUAGUCUUUUAGCCAUCGUACCUCUAUUAUUUGUUCGCAUGCCGUCGCUGAAAACCGAAGCGUCUCCUGUUCUUACAUGGGAUGACUUUAAGGCAUUAUGUAUCCCAGAAUCAGAAGAUAAUAUCGCAGGUUUACAACUACGCUGCGAUCAUUUUGUGGGAACAAGAAUAAGUUGGACUGGAGAGGUAGUUAGCACAAAAAUUUCAAAGAUCGAAAACACUGCUGAUGGCUUUAUGAAUACUCUGCCAAACUUUUUAGCCGAUCCUCUACGUUGUAUUUACGGCGUUGAAUUCCCACCUUGCGAUCAAAAUACAUCAGGCUCUGAUGAAUUCAAAUUUUGCAACUUGAUGAAAAGUCUUGGUCAUACUUGUCAUGUUAAGAAUCAUGCUACCUAUAAUUUUCAGAUAGUCGUAAAAACAGAUGGUGUUUCUUUAAAUAUUGACGUAGGACCAGAGUUUAAAGAAACCGUGUUUGCAUUGUCUCCAAAUAUUCAUAUUGCAUUUAAUGCUACUUUGACAGGUAACUUAGGAACAGGAGCUCCAUCUCUGAAACUGGGUUCUCUCAAAUCACUGGAUAAAGAAUUAAUUUUAAUGAUGGCUGUUGAACAGGAGGAUGGUUUUUAUAUUCGAUCUCUUUACGAAUCUUUUUCUUUUACAUUUAAUUUUAUCUGGUUUCCUGUCAUGGAAUUGGUCAUCUAACUUAUUUUAUGAAUAUACAUCUGAAAAUUAUAAAAAAGCCUAUCAUCAAAAAUAUGUCUUUCAAAUCGCUGUGGAUGAAUUUUAUAAGAGGGGAUUUGAGACGAGAGUUAUUUACUCAUGAAUAGAAUAUGAAUGCAAUAUAUACAUGUUGAUAGUCUUUAGGCAUAAUACCCCAUCUCAAUUUUAUUAGUGCCUGUGAUUGAGGUUCACAAUCACAGCUUUCUUUCAUCUACGAUUUAUGGUUGGAAAAUCGUAAAAUAUGAUAAUUCCACAAUAUAAGACUUUUACUAUGAUGAAUACAGUUAUUAAUGUUUUAUUGUUUCGAAAAUAAUUUCUUUCAAAAAUAAAAUUACAAUAUAAAAUAACAAAGAGCAAGUAUUGUACCCUCGAAGUAUUGAGGCAUUUUUACGUUCCUGAACUGUCUAAUGUUUAAUUUUGUUCAUGUUUUUGAGAAAUUGUUUUGCAAAUUUAUCUAAAUAUUAAGAAUUACAACCAUAUGCUUGUAAAGUAUUGAUGAAAUUUAGAUGUGACUUAUUUUUUUUUAAAGUAAAAAUAUCAAAGUGUGCAAUUUGUUGCAAGGGCCACAACAAAUUCAUAACAGAAACUCUCAAGAGUUAUUAGCUUCAAAUUUUUAAGUUUUAUUAUAAUAUAUUAUGAUUAUAAUAUCUCGAACCCUGCUUAAAAUGAUCCUGAAGAACUCAAUCUGUGGGUAAACCACUAGAAACGUCAACGAUAAUUAAUUAAUCAAUGUCUGAUGUCAUAGGGUCAAAAGCCACUUGUAUGACCUCUGAUGCAACCUUCCUCUACAACCGGUCAGAUCUUCUUCUUGUGCAGGCCAUCAAAUGUAUAAAAAAAAUGAAAUGAAAUAUAGAUCUGCAUUUUAAUCAGAUUGUAAAGAGAACUGAAAUGGGUUUGGCCUCUUUGUGUAAUAUUGUUUACCAUAUUCAAUAUGGUUUUUUUUAUAGUUGUUUAUCUUGUUAGAAUGGGAUUGUUAAUAGAUAAUAUUUAUAUUAAUAGAUGUAUAAUCUAAUGUCAUGUUUAUCUUUUUAAACAUGUUUUGUUUAUUUACAAAUGUAGAAUAUUUAUUAUUAGCUAUCUUAGAAGCUAUAGGUAUAGAAUAAACAGGAACUUAUAUUAGGUGUAAAAUACGCCAGAACAUGUAACAAGUGUAAAAUGCCCAAGAACUUGUAUCGGGUGUAAAUUGCAGACGAACUUACAUCAGGUAUAGAAUUCACAAGAUCUUUAUCAGGUGUAAAAUUCACAGGACCUGGCAUUGUAUCAUGUGCAAAAUACACACAAACUUGUAUCGGGUGUAAAUAUAAAAGAACUUGUAUCAGGUGUAAAAUUCACCCGAACUUGCAUCAGGUGUGAAAUACACACAAACUUGUAUCGGGUGUAAAAUACACAGGAACUUGUAUCGGGUGUAAAAUACACUGGAACUUGUAUCAGGUGUAAAAUACACAGGAACUUGUAUCGGGUGUAAAAUACACACAAACUUGUAUCGGGUGUAAAUAUACAAUAACUUGUAUCAGGUGUAAAAUUCACCCGAACUUGUAUCAGGUGUAAAAUACACCCAAACUUGUAUUGGGUGUAAAAUAUACAGGAACUUGUAUUGGGUGUAAAAUACACACAAACUUGUAUCAGGUGUAAAACACACAUGAACUUGUAUCGGGUGUAAAAUACACAUGAACUUGUAUCGGGUGUAAAUAUACACGAAUUUGUGUUAGGUUUAAAAGCAUAUUAUAUAUUUUAAUUACAUGCAUUAUAAUUUCUAUAUAUUGACCAUGUUCUUUCAAUCACAACUUUUCUAUAAUUGUUGAAUUUAACAAAGUACACAAAAUUGAUUUUAUAUAUUUAUAUUUUUCUUGUUUUUUGCCUGAAUAUUGUAUCACUUUGUAUCUAUCUAUUAUUAAACUACUUGGGGGUUUUCCUGCUACUAUAUAUGCUGUUUAACUUUAAAUUAUAUAUCAUUUUAUUCAGAUUUAUCAAUAUAUUUGAGAUUAUUUCUUGAUUAUUUACAAUUUUUGAAUUUUUAGGUUUCAGAUAAGAAUGGUCGGUCUUAGUAUCAUAUAAAUGUUGUGUACUAUACAGUAUAAAAUUUAUACUGUAUAGUACACAACAUUUAUAAAUACCUAGAACUGUUAAAUUUUGAAUCCUUAAAAAUUGAUUUAAACAAUAUUUAUUCAUAAAAUAUUGAAUAUACCAUGACAUUUAUAAUGAUAUAAUACAAUAUGUAAAAACUUAGAAACAUUUGUUUCAAAUAAGGCAUUAAUGUGUGAUAAUUAAAGAUUUUAUUAUUACCGACUACAUAUAAGAAGUGAUUCUGAAAUGAGAUCUCUAGAUAUAUUACAGCAAGUCACUUGCUUUUUACAGGACAUGAUUGCUAUUGCCUGAAGAAGGGGCGAUCUUAAAUACUGGUGUGAGGAUUUUCCUUUUAAACACCCUUGAUAAACCAUGGACCGUAUAUAGACAAACUAAACCUGCCUUUUAUUCACCCUUUAACAUCCUACCUUCCUACACCAAACAGACUAAUGAAAACAGGACUGUAGCUAAAAGAAACAUGUCUCAAAGAGAAUAUUCAAAUUUAACAAAUAAUAUAAGUAAAUAAAUAUGUAAAUAAAUAGGUAAUAGGUCUUUCAAUGAUAUUGGUGUUAACUGAGUAUGAUAAACAGAUCACUUUAACAUUAGGUCUAUAAAUUACAACACAUUCUUUGGGCUUUAGACGUAACAUCUCAAAAGGAAUUAAUUCAUACUAUUUUAAAUUUCCUGUUUUUAGUGUGAGAGAUGACUAAAAAGCUCUUACAAUUUGAGUAGCACUUGAGUUAAAGAUUUAUGUUACCCACCACAAGUUUUGUCUUUCUUACUCAGAACAUUACAGAUACACAAGAGUUACUAGCAAUCUCGGUAAUCUAUGUCUGUGUUCAAAUAUAUUGGUGUACUGAGAGAAAUUGGGUAUAGCUAGUGUACCUUGUCUUUCAUAUAUAUACAUUUAUAGUUUAUUAAAUAGUUCAGUAUAUUAUUGGUAUAUAUUAUGAUACUAUUUAUUUAACAGGGAUGGAUUUUAUAGUUUAGUUCAAAUUCCGAGAAUAAAGAUAAUUUGGAACAAGAGUACCGUAAAAUUCGGUUCAUCGAAAUACUCAGAAUAUUAAACCGAAGUUCAUACCAAACAAUAAACCAGGUCAUCAGUGCAUAUAGAAUGAAUUUUGGUUUAUUUUGGUAUUUCAUAUAUAUAAAGAGAACAAAAAAAAAAACUAAGUAAAUUUAAAUGUCUUUUAACUGUUGUUUUUGUAACCUUGGUUACAUAUUUCAAAGUCACUGAUCGUCAUUUUGCAUUUUUUUUCAGACAAUAUCUAAUUUUUCAUGGCUUAAUAAUUCAAGCUAAAAUGUACUCAAAUUGAGACCAAUCAAAAAAUUUUAACGAUUUAGGUGUCGCUGGUUUGUUUUCACCAUAUCUCGUUUAGAUCAUCUGCAGAGGAUACCAAAUGUUCUGUUCAUCAUACUGGAUUUUUAGAACGAUAUUUCUUUCAGAGAUUCAACUCUCCCAAUAUAGUAGUUUGCAAGGGGCUCAAAAUGCCAAUUAGAGACUUUAAGACCAUUAGAAAUGAUUUGAAAUUAAGAAUUAUUUUUGUUGUAAUAUCUGAACUAGACUGUAAACAAUAUCAACGGUUGAGGUUAUAUAAAUGAAGAUAAUAAUAAAAUAUAGUUACAUCGAAAAGAAAAAUCAAACUCAAAAGCAAUGCAUUUAAAGUGACUGGCGUUCCAAUGGCCAAUGUGUAUCUUAUUUUUGAUCUAAAUUUAUAUCCUCAUUUAUUUACAUUAUAGAUAACCCAGAAACAUCCAUCAUGACCCACCGCUCAGUCUGCUUUAGAUUAAAAUUACCAGAGGAGGAUGUUAUGUGGUUAUAUAGUUGUUAUACAAUAGUUAUAGCCUGACUCUUACGUAACAAGUAUAGCUUUCCCUGGAAUUAGACAUUUCCCUUAAUAGUUCUUAAAUUAUAAUUGUUACAAAUAUGAGUUAGUGGUAAUUGAAAACUUUACCAAUAUUUUUGGUGGGUUAGAGAUAAUGUAUAGUUAAUUAUUGUUUUUAAUUGCAAUGGGGUAUCCAUUAAUAGUUAUGGUAGGUAGUUAAAGCUCUCAUGAAUUAACAAAAAACAGUUGAUCAAGGGAUGCAUGAAUUACACUGUGAGGUGUUUUUUUAAUAUCCAAACAAACUUUUUGUCACUUCAUGAUAGCUUGCAGUUUAUAUCUAAUCUGCUAAAUACCUUUAAAAUACCAUUGUAACUGAUCAAAGUACAUAAUAAUCAAACUAUUUAAGUUGUUAGAGUAACAUGUAGAAAUGAAUUAUGAAAAUAAAGAUAUGUGGACUUU